AUGAAUAUAAUAUUUAUUGGAUUAUUAAUUAGUUUUGUAAUGUCUGAAUCAAUAAUCAUUACAACAUUGAAGAGUUCUGAUGGACAUACUAUUACAUUUAAAAAUAUUGAAUUUGGUAAAUGUUAUUAUACUGGAACAAGAAGUUCAGAUUAUUAUACUCAUAGGGGUAAUAAUAUUACAAUUUCACAUUACACUUCAUCGUCAACAUGUACUGGAAACAAAAAUGAAACUUUUGUUGAUAUUAAUGAUAAAGAAAUAAGAAAGUUCUGUAAUCAAGAAGCAAAUUGUAGUAUUGAAAUUAAAGAAAAACCAUAUUAUAUUGGAUAUAUUAGUUUUGUUGAAGAUGAUGAUCAGUGUUCUAACCAUAACAAUAUCUAUGCAACAUAUUUAACAAACACAUGUGCUAAAUAUGAUAAAAACUCAACAGUUUAUUCUAUGUUAAAAGUAGAGAAUGGGUCGAUGUAUCACAAAUUUUAUUCGACUGAGAAAUGCGAUGAACAAAAAAGAGUUGACGCUAUAAAGUUAUGGGAAUGUGGAUUAUGUGAAAAUGGUAUUAUACACAAAUGUGAAAAUAAAACUAUAAACCCAACAGAUGAAAAAUCAAAUGAUCACUCAGAAGCAUCUAACAACCAAGAAGAUAGUUCUAUGAAUCAAUCAGAUGAAAAAUCAAUGAGUCCCUCUGAGGAAGAAUCAAAAAGUUAUUCAGAAGAUAGUUCAAACCAUAACAUAGAUGGUGCAUCAUUAACUAUUCUCUCUCUUAUUGGAAUGAUGGUUAUGUUAUUUGUUUAA